GAUGAUCCGAGUACCCACAACUUGCACUCGUCGGGCAACAACUUGUGCGAAAACAAAAUAAUGAGGAACGGCAAGAAACACGUUCAGUUCCCGACAUUUAGUCCAGUGUCGGAGUGGGAGCCUCCUGGGAUCGAGGAGGACGACGUCACGACCUUCGCUGACCACAAGGACGCUGAGACCUCUAAGGACAUCCGGGUCAUGGACGCUGCCUCCCCGCAGAAACCCUCCGGCAGAACCUCCCCAAUCCCCGAGGAGCCCUCCGACGGCGCCGCCUCCCCGUCCCCGAAGGAGGACAGCGACACAUCCUCCCCUUCGUCGAAGGGCACGGCGUCUUCGUCGUCCUCCAAGGACGACGGAAAGGCCAUCGAGGAGAAGGAGGAGAGGGAGGGGCCCGAGGCCGACCCCCUCCUCGCGCCGGAGUCGCCCGAGAGAGGCGAGGAGGCGCUCUAACCCGAGGGCGCGAGGACCGAACAUUGUGAUAAACAGGGUACUAGAGACAGAGGAAUAAACGGAGAUGAUGAUGAUAUGGUGAACAAGGAAUAAAAUAAUUCUAUGCAGUGAAGAAUAAAAAAUAUAUAAAAUCACAAAAUCUGCAAUUAAAUAAGAAAAAAAUGAAAGGCAAAACAAAGUGAACCCUCACCCCACCCCAGAGAAAAGAUAAAGAUAAUAAAAUAGAAUAAAAAUAAAUAAAAAAUCAGCACCUGAAUUGCGGAUAAUCACCUCCACGAUACCAAAGAAGUCCUAUAAUCAACGUAAUUGUGGCGACCGAAAUUAGCCAGCGGGAGCGCAUUCAACUCACUCGUCGCCAAGAGAGAGAAACCUUUGCAAGAACACUGCAGGGGCUCAUCAAGGACGUCCGAGGCAUUAAGGCGAUUUGAGUGUGGGUUUGGUGUACGAUUUUCGACCCUAUUUGGCGAGGUUCGUUGACAGACUAUCCAUCGGGUCCGUUGAAAAAAAAAUGUUUACUGUACUUCUUAAAAAUAUGAGAGUGAAGAGGUGCUUGCAAAAGUUGGAUAAAUCAUUUGUUAGUGACUUGCUGGAUAAAUGUAUCACUUGUUCAUUUGGUGGUAGAUGCGAGAACGGAUUGAUAAAGAAGAAUGAAUACAAAUAGAUACA